AUGCGGGAUGAGGAUGUCCCGGACGCCGAUGUCCCGAACGAAGAUGUCCCGAACGAAGAUGUCCCGGACGAAGAUGUCCCGAACGAAGAUGUCCCGAACGAAGAUGUCUCGAACGAAGAUGUCCCGGACGCCGAUGUCCCGGACGCCGACGUUCCGGAAGUCGACGUUCCGGACGUCGACGUUCUGGACGCCGAUGUCCCGGACGCCGAUGUCCCGGACGCCGACGUUCCGAAUAUCGAUGUUCCGGACGUCGACGUUCUGGAUGACGACGUUCUGGAUGACGACGACGUUCCGGACGACGACGUUCUGAUGAAUCUCGACGACAACGUUACAGAUGUGGGCGUUUGCUACCCGAGGGUAAAAAAAGAUGUAUUGGGCUGGCAACCUUCGCUAGGGGACAUCGAAGAAGAAGAGGCAGAAAUGUUUUACGAAGAUGACGAUUAUCUGGAGGACAAAAAGGAUUCCGAAAUCGCCGCUCCAAAGGAAAAACAAUCAAAGAAGGGUGACGCCGCAUGCCAUGGAUCGGUGUCCAAAAAGGAGCCGGAAGAGGAAGAAUUCGUUUUGUGGAGCUCAAUAGAAGUAAAUGAAGAAUUCGAUUCAGUUGACGAAAUGCGGGAUGAGGAUGUCCCGGACGCCGAUGUCCCGAACGAAGAUGUCCCGAACGAAGAUGUCCCGGACGAAGAUGUCCCGAACGAAGAUGUCCCGAACGAAGAUGUCUCGAACGAAGAUGUCCCGGACGCCGAUGUCCCGGACGCCGACGUUCCGGAAGUCGACGUUCCGGACGUCGACGUUCUGGACGCCGAUGGCUGGCAACCUUCGCUAGGGGACAUCGAAGAAGAAGAGGCAGAAAUGUUUUACGAAGAUGACGAUUAUCUGGAGGACAAAAAGGAUUCUGAAAUCGCCGCUCCAAAGGAAAAACAAUCAAAGAAGGGUGACGCCGCAUGCCAUGGAUCGGUGUCCAAAAAGGAGCCGGAAGAGGAAGAAUUCGUUUUGUGGAGCUCAAUAGAAGUAAAUGAAGAAUUCGAUUCAGUUGACGAAAUGCGGGAUGAGGAUGUCCCGGACGCCGAUGUCCCGAACGAAGAUGUCCCGAACGAAGAUGUCCCGGACGAAGAUGUCCCGAACGAAGAUGUCCCGAACGAAGAUGUCUCGAACGAAGAUGUCCCGGACGCCGAUGUCCCGGACGCCGACGUUCCGGAAGUCGACGUUCCGGACGUCGACGUUCUGGACGCCGAUGGCUGGCAACCUUCGCUAGGGGACAUCGAAGAAGAAGAGGCAGAAAUGUUUUACGAAGAUGACGAUUAUCUGGAGGACAAAAAGGAUUCCGAAAUCGCCGCUCCAAAGGAAAAACAAUCAAAGAAGGGUGACGCCGCAUGCCAUGGAUCGGUGUUUGGCAGGAUUACUUAUUUUAUUUUUUUGUAG